CCGACGUCACGGACGCGGCCUCUCUAUAUUUACAUUUCUUGGUGUGCGCUGGAACACAUUAUUAUCUAAACAAACAGCGUGUCACACGAGGGUAUAAUAAGCUGUUGCAUACAACUCGACCAUCAUCAAAACGUUCAAGUCAUCAUGGGGACAACAUCAGGAUUAAUUGUUUCCCUGGCAUUCUUUUUUCUUUGUGCAAGAGAAUCGUUGGCGAAUUACCAACUUACUGCUGGACAAUGUAAUGCCGCUAUGGAGAACAUCGGGGAGAUUCUGAAGUCAAAACAACCAGAUAAUAUUUAUAAAGGAACCUUUGUAAGCCCAAGAUGUGAAUUGCGUCGCAUACAGGAGCGUAAUCAAAACAAAAUGAGAACCUCAUUCUUACUUCGUUCAAUCGAGGUUACCAGAAACAAACGAUGGAUUGGUUACUAUUAUUUUUACCGGGACCAAGACUGUGUCCACCCAACAUACGGCUUGAAACUGCAGGGAAAAACCAACUACAUUAAGAAGAAUCUUACUUUAAGUAUCACGUCCUUGAGCAUCGCUGUAUAUACGACCAAAGAUAAAAUAGAAAUUGAAGAGAAAUACAACAGAUCUUGCUCCGGAAACCUGACAACGUCCGACUCAGGAACUUCCCCUGAUGCUGUUGCUGUCUAUAGCGUAUAUAGAAAGGAUAUCUCGAAUAAUGAAUGCCUCAAAUCUCUGGGCGUCGAGAAGAGGGAGUUCGCUAGCGGUGCAGCUUUUGAAACACACGAGCCAUCAGGAGGAGAUAGAUCAGAUCUGUUGCUUCAAACCGUCGUUGAUCUAACAAAGUCUAAAAACAGCGUUGUUUAUCAAUUUCAAUGGCCGCUAGUCCGUCAUGAUACUCGGAUGUGUUUAACUUGCUCUCGGGUUGGUCUCGCGAGGCUCAAACAUCCGCCCAAACUUUACAAAAGAAACGCAACCAGCUUGGAUGGUGUUUGGGCGAGCGUUCGUUGCCAAAAGAUAAACCGUGAUUUUUGGACGACGAAAAUUGACACAUUCAGUGGGAAUGAUGUCGACUUUGCCUUUUACCAAAUGGACCAUACAUUGAAAUUAAGCCCAUACAUGUGCCAGAAACCUCUGUUGGAAGUUCACACAGUUGGGACUAUUCGCUUGAUAGGAAACUCAGUUGAGGUGCCCGGUGGUGUUGUGUACGAGUUGUAUGUCAAUCACAUGUACAUGACUCCUCGUAAUCGAUUCUACGAACAGGUGUUCAAUACCGCAGCCAAGGGUACAUGUGGUGUGCAAGGCGAAUGGGAGGUGGGAAAGACACAGGAUGUUGUGAAAACUGGUGGCUGUGCAAUGAUUGGGUAUGUUCUACCUAAGGGGACUGCAACACAAGUUCUUAUAAGAACUCUUCAGGAUGAAAAACGCAAGGAAAUGUAUGUUGGAUUUGGUGGACCUGGCAAGAAGUUAGGUCCUCUGGAUUAUGAUCAAGUCGCUCAGUCUUGUGAAACGUUUCCCCUGGAGAUCACCACAACCCCUGGGCCCACAUAUAUGACGAGCACUGAGCAAACAGAGACCACUACGGAACCAGUAGAAAAUAAUUUUGAUGACAAUGAGGCGCCUAUUGUGAUUAAAAAUGUUCGGGCUACAGAACCUCCUUCAAGUUCUGGAACUUUGAACGAUGGCAGCAUACGAGUUGCCUUGGUACUUUGCCUGCUUUUCCUACAUGCGGUCAGGCUAGCCUGAUCUCUUCUGGGUUUUGUAGAAGUGGACGCAGUACGUCAGUUCAGGGAAGCACUGACAGUUAGCAGAUGGAAGCGCAGUGAAAGAGAGCAUUGUAGAUAUUACUAGAUGAACAUUAUUUUCUAAUUAACGCCAUGUUGGCCCAACGAACUGCUAAAUUCCCGGUGCUAACUAAUCAACUAUAGUGUGAAAAACGUCUAAAUUUGCCGAAAUCGCUUGACUGUAGAAUUGUAGUAACUGCAUGCAUGUUUUUUAAAUGUGCAAUAGCUGAAAUUAAGUAGUUAAAACCUAAAGCAACAUCACCUUACCAGCAGAGUCAAUCGAUUGUCAGAGAGUCAGAGACCAGUCAGGGACAAUCCGCGAGGUUUAGACUCUGCUGACAGGGUGACGUUACAUCUGAGUUUGAAUUAAGGCAAAGUUGUUAUUAUAUAGAAAAUCCUAGACAAAGAAAAUAAAUUACAACGCAAUACUGACCAUUACUUAAAUAAGUAUUUAUUUCUCUAGUUUACAUUGUAUCUUUAUUAUUAUUAAUCUUGAACAUGGAACAAGU